CCAUCGCCUUCCCCAACCCGGCAUCCGUUUCCCCUCGCGAGAGCUCGAGACGUCCCCCAUGUCGCGGUAAGACGACCGUCGAGAGCCCUAACCCUAGCUCGACCCACCGGCGUCCCCGUCCUCCUCCGGCCGUCCUCCAUGGACGCGAAGGACAUCCUCGGGCUCCAGAAGACCUCCUUCCCGUCCGCCCAGGAGAAGAAGCCGCGGCCGCCCAAGGAGCCGCAGCGCAAGCCCGAUGGCGUCUCGCGCGAGGUGUACGCGCUCACCGGAGGGGUGGGAAUGGCGCCGCUCAUGCCGACCAUCGAGGCCUCGCACCUGAAGCGCCGGCCUGCUGUUGAGAAGGAGAAGGUAGCAUGGCGGUGGCUACCUUUCACAUCAUCUGCACGAACUGACAAUCUGCAACUUUACCACUGGGUUAGAGUUGUAAAUAAUGUUCCACCAACUGGUGAUUAUGACUUCGCAAAAUACAACACGAAGGUGGAUGUUCUUAAAUACACCGAUGAGGAGUAUGAGAAAUAUUUAACUGAACCUACAUGGAGCAGAGAAGAAACAGACCAGCUGUUUGAAUUAUGUCAGCGCUUUGACCUUCGUUUCAUAGUAAUAGCAGAUAGGUUUCCAACUUCUCGAAGCGUGGAAGAUCUAAAGAGCCGUUAUUAUUCAGUUACUAGGGCUCUUUUAAUUGCAAGAGCUCGGUCAUUCGAUGAAGUUGCCGGAAACCCUCUUGUGAAGGAAACCUUCAAUGCUGCUCAUGAAACCGAGAGAAAACGUGCAUUGUCUGCACUCUUCUCCCAAACAAAACAGCAAGAACGAAAGGAUGCUGAGGUUUUAGCAGAAGCGAAACGCAUUAUGGAAUCCCGUGCUGCUAAUAAAAACGUGGAAGAAGCCAUAGCACCGACGAGCUUUCCUAAUGCUGCGGUUCCUGCUGACGGUGUAUCUCCCUUGAGCAACAAUCUUCCAUCUUCAGCUGCUACACAUCCAGCUGCAGCAGCGAAUACCUCCAUACCUGAUACACUGCGGAUGCUUAAAGUGUAUUUGAGAACCCAUGCACUUGAUCAAAUGGUUCAAGCUGUAACUGCUUCAGCUGGCAUUAGAAUGAUUAAAAGGGUGGAUCAGACUCUACAAGAUCUCGGGGUAAAUUUGAAGCCUAAGGUCCCAACAAAAGCAGUUUGUGCGGAACAUCUUGAGUUACGGAACGAGAUACUCACACUGCUUAACAUACAGAAGCAGCUACAAAAUAAAGAGGCUGAAGUUUUAGCAAACAGAGAAAGUUCAUUCACAGAGGCACCGACCACACCUAAGCGUUCUAAUAGGGAUAUUGAUCGACCCUUUGUCCCUGAUAUGGCUGGGUUUGGAGGUGAGAGAGCAGUCAAACGGGACCACAAGCGGAAGACCUCUGGAAGAUUUGAUGCACCCCCCUCGCCAACCCAGGGCAAGAGGCCUCGGAAGAUGAAGGCGUCCGAUUGAUAAUCAGACACAGCAUAAAACAUUGCGAUGUAGCUAAACAACCAGAGCCGACCACCGGCCAGGGCAAGAAGGGCGAUGGCCAAGGAAAAUAGGACUAGUCUUCUGUACACUAGGUUAGCCGUGCGCCACCUGUUUUGUAAAAUGGAAUUGAUGGUGGUUUUAACCUUGUUGAUUGUGGAAAUGAACUCCGUUUUGCGCAAAGCAAUGCCCACGACAAUUCAGAGCAGAGCAAGAAUUGGAACUGGAAUCCAGAUUCCAGAAAUACUUUUGACACCCAUAUUAUCGAAUUCAGUAAGUUGAAA